AUGUUUGUGCUGCGAGAUUCAAGCUCUACUGCAGUCGAGACAAAUAUUCUUGGAACUACCAGCUCACUCUCCCGAAGCACUUAUCCUCUUUCGAAAGAACAAAUCCGCGCCCGGCAUCUACAAGAACGAAAGCGGGCUCGGCGUGCAGUUCUUAAUCAGAAUGUACGCCGACAGCAGAGGGCUGGCAUGAAGAAGGACGGUAGAGACAAACUUCAGGCGGAGCUGUUUCUUUUCGGAUGA